AUGGAACUAGAAGAAAAAAAUAAAACAAUUGAAAAUUUAAAAGAGAGUAAGAAGCUUGUAGAGAAAUUGAGAACAUUACAAAAUGAAAAUGAAGAAUUAGGCAGACAACUUCGACAAGGAUGUGUGGAACAAUAUGAAGUGGAGAUAGCUUUACAAAGAAAAGUUAUCGAAGAGUUGAAAAUUGCAAUUAAAAGUAUGUUUUAG